AUGAUCCUAAUGCGUAUUAAAGGUUACAUAAUUGAUUCUAUAUCAAAAAAAUACUGUAGAGCUCUGACGAGAGCUCCGAAAAGAGUACAUACAGUUAAAUAUGAAGGUAAAUACCUAUUGAAGUCACUGCUACGAGUCCUCGAUCCCCAGUCUGCCAUACUCUCGAAUGUAGAAGUGUUGGCCUACUUGAAAUCAAAUCCUCCCCGCUUAUCACCACAAGCUCCUUUUCCAAAUACAAAGAACUUUGUGCCCAAACCAGACUUGAGAGAUUACAACACGGUAGUAAAAGAGUUCAACGAUUAUGUAGUUAGACUCUCCCCGCACCUCCUAUCGUACCCUAGCUUUUCAUCUAUAUCCCCCGAAAAUACCGCCUCGUUAGAUACCAGUGGUAACUCAACAACCGAUCUUGAUAUUGCCUUGCGAACACUGAUCUCGAACUUGAAGCCAUUCAAUUUGACGAAGGCGGAGGUAUUGAUGAUCAUCAAUCUGGGAGUAGGCCUUGAGGCCAAGCCGGAGGGGGAAACAGCAGAGGAUACCGUCAUGGAAGACGCAGAAGGUGAAGAUGGUGGUGCAGGGGUAGAUUAUGGUGCAUUGGCUCUUCUAGAUACGAUUAUAGAAGACAGAGAGGAACGGUUGGCUGAUGAAGAUGUUGCUGAGAUUUUAAGAAUUGUGAGGGAGACCCUGGGGAAGAAAGAACCGGCAAGGGAAGAACCACAAGAGGUCGUUGGGGAAAGCUAA